CUGUCUUUCUCUCUCUCUCUCUCUCUCUCUCUCUCUCUCUUUACCAAAACGCUGCAAUUUCUCUCUGGUUCUCUCUCUGUAUUUAGAUACGUAUUAUUGAAACAUAUAUACACCAAUGGAAGUGCCGGAGCUAUUUAUGGGAGGCUACAUUGGCGGAGCCGGAGCCGGAGCAGGCCAAUUCUCGCCUGAAAAGCAGAAGGCGGGGGAGCACUUCACCAUCGACGACCUCCUAGACUUUUCGAACGAAGAUGCAGUUAUGACCGACGGUUUCUUCGACAAUGUUGCCGGUAAUUCUACCGAUUCUUCGACUGUAACCGCCGUCGACAGCUGCAAUUCUGGCAGCGGACCUCAUUUCUCCGGAAACGUUGGCUCCCGGUGCUUCGGUGAUUCUCAAUUCGCCGGCGACCUCUGCGUUCCGUACGACGACUUGGCGGAGCUGGAAUGGCUGUCGAACUUCGUGGAGGACUCGUUCUCGGCCCAACAAGACGUCCAAGCGCUCCACUUUCUCUCCGGGGCCACCACCAACGCUGUCGCCGCCGCCACCAAACCCCAGACCCCCGAAUCGUCCUCCUCCGAAACGCUGCCUUCCCGAAACGCGCCGUUUUUUCAGCCCGAAACGCCGCUCCCCGGCAAGGCUCGCAGCAAGCGCUCACGAGCGGCCCCCGGCGACUGGUCGACGCGACUCCUCCACCUCCCCAUCCCCUCCGAGUCCGACCUCACAGACCAAAAGCCAUUGUCUCCGGCGCCCAAGACGACGGCGUCUAAGAAAAGAGAGAGCAAGCAGAACGACCCGGAGUUGUGUUCAGGCAGGAAGUGUCUGCACUGUGGGUCGGAAAAGACCCCACAGUGGCGUACCGGGCCCAUGGGGCCGAAGACCCUUUGCAACGCUUGUGGGGUGCGGUACAAGUCCGGACGGCUCGUGCCCGAGUACCGGCCUGCUGCGAGCCCAACUUUUGUGUCCGCCAAGCACUCCAAUUCGCAUAGGAAGGUCUUGGAGCUGAGGAGGCAAAAGGAGAUGCAAAGAGUUCAGCAGCAACAGUUUCUUAGUCAAAGUUCAAUUUUCGGCGUAUCCAACGGUUGCAGUGACUACUUGAUCCAUCAUCGUAGUGGGCCCGAUUUUAGGCAUUUGAUCUAGUGGGGGCCUCUUAAGUUCUUUUUUACCUCUGCGAAUUUUUGCUUUAGAAAUUUGAACUCGUCGGUUCUUCUUUUAAUUUCUUUGUCCAGAAAAGAAACCAGAGAGAGAGAGAGAGAGAGUAGAAUUAAGGGAUAAUGAGGAGGAGAAAAGAGGAAAAAACAAAUAGGGGGAAGGAGACGUUCAUUUGGUUGUAGACCUUUGGAAUGUACUUUUAAUUGUUUAUUGGCCGAAUUAUGGAAAUUAAAUUGAGAAUCAAGUAAUUUUUCUCAAA